GAAGGAGGAGAAGGAAGGAGCGGGGGCGUCGAGAGGGUCAGGGAGGCGUCGGGCGGGUCCUACAUGUCCCCCAGCAAUGCGCGGGCAGGGAGCUCCCGGGCAAGGGUCCAGCUGGGUCCGUCCGGCGUCCCGCCACCAGCUGCUGGGCGUGCUGCUGGUCUUCUUCCCCGCCAUCUGGUCGGAGCUGUCCCUGCUGCCCCGCCGGAGCCCGGGCCGGGGAGGGCCUCUGGCCGCAGCCUCGUCGCAGCGCUCGGUGGCCCGGACGGACGGCGAUGUCAUCAUCGGGGCCCUCUUCUCCGUCCACCACCAGCCGCCGGCCGACAAGGUGCCCGAGAGGAAAUGUGGCGAGGUCCGGGAGCAGUACGGCAUCCAGAGGGUGGAGGCCAUGUUCCACACCUUGGAUAAGAUCAACGCCGACCCCGUCCUGCUGCCCAACAUCACCCUGGGCAGCGAGAUCCGAGACUCCUGUUGGCACUCGUCCGUCGCCCUGGAGCAGAGCAUCGAAUUCAUCAGGGACUCCCUCAUCUCCAUCCGAGACGAGAAGGACGGGACCGGCCGCUGCCAGCCCGACCCGUCCUUGGCCUCCCAGCCCGGCCGGGCCAAGAAACCCAUCGCCGGGGUCAUCGGGCCGGGCUCCAGCUCCGUGGCCAUCCAGGUGCAGAACCUGCUGCAGCUCUUCGACAUCCCCCAGAUCGCCUACUCGGCCACCAGCAUCGACCUCAGCGACAAGACGCUCUACAAGUACUUUCUCAGGGUGGUGCCGUCCGACACGCUGCAGGCCCGGGCCAUGCUGGACAUCGUCAAGCGCUACAACUGGACCUACGUCUCCGCCGUGCACACCGAAGGAAACUAUGGAGAAAGUGGUAUGGAAGCCUUCAAAGAGCUGGCUGCACAGGAAGGGCUUUGCAUUGCCCACUCCGACAAGAUUUACAGCAAUGCAGGGGAGAAGAGCUUUGAUCGACUACUGAGGAAGCUCCGGGAGAGGCUGCCUAAGGCCAGGGUGGUGGUUUGUUUCUGUGAGGGGAUGACCGUCAGAGGACUCCUCAGUGCCAUGAAGCGUCGUGGGGUUGUAGGAGAGUUCCUGUUGAUUGGAAGCGAUGGCUGGGCAGACAGAGAUGAAGUCAUUGAAGGUUAUGAGAUGGAGGCCAAUGGUGGUAUCACCAUCAAGCUGCAGUCUCCAGAGGUCAUGUCUUUUGAUGACUACUUCCUGAAGCUGAGGCUGGAUACCAACACCCGAAAUCCAUGGUUUCCCGAGUUCUGGCAGCAUCGGUUCCAGUGCCGCCUUCCUGGACACCCCUUGGAAAAUCCCAACUUUAAAAAGAUCUGUACAGGAAACGAGAGUUUAGAAGAAAACUAUGUUCAGGACAGCAAAAUGGGGUUUGUCAUCAAUGCUAUUUAUGCUAUGGCACAUGGCUUGCAGAAUAUGCAUCACACUCUCUGCCCUGGACAUGUUGGCCUAUGCGACGCUAUGAAGCCCAUUGAUGGAAGCAAGCUUUUGGACUUCCUCAUAAAGUCUUCUUUCAUUGGUGUCUCAGGAGAAGAAGUGUGGUUUGAUGAAAAGGGAGACGCUCCAGGCAGAUAUGAUAUUAUGAAUCUGCAAUUCACGGAUUCCAACCAGUAUGAUUAUGUCCUCAUUGGGACCUGGCAUGAAGGGGUGCUCAAUAUUGAUGAUUAUAAGAUCCAGAUGAACCAGAGUGGAAUGGUUCGGUCUGUGUGCAGCGAGCCUUGCUUAAAGGGACAGAUUAAGGUCAUUCGGAAAGGAGAGGUGAGCUGCUGUUGGAUUUGUACAGCUUGUAAAGAAAAUGAGUAUGUGCAGGAUGAGUUCACCUGCAAAGCUUGUGACUUGGGGUGGUGGCCAAAUACUGACCUAACAGGCUGUGUACCCAUCACUGUUCGCUAUCUCCAAUGGAGCAACAUAGAGUCAAUUGUGGCUGUGGUCUUCUCCUGCCUAGGGAUCCUAGUCACCAUGUUUGUCACUCUAAUCUUUGUCCUCUACCGGGACACUCCAGUGGUUAAGUCAUCCAGCCGGGAGCUCUGUUACAUCAUUUUGGCUGGUAUCUUUUUAGGCUACGUCUGUCCCUUCACUCUCAUCGCCAAGCCCACAAUUACUUCCUGCUACCUCCAACGCCUCCUGGUGGGCCUCUCCUCUGCCAUGUGCUACUCUGCCUUGGUGACCAAAACCAAUCGCAUUGCUCGCAUCCUGGCUGGGAGUAAGAAGAAAAUCUGUACCCGAAAGCCCCGAUUCAUGAGCGCCUGGGCCCAAGUGGUCAUUGCCUCUGUGCUGAUCAGUGUGCAGCUGACGUUGGUGGUGACCCUGAUCAUCAUGGAGCCCCCCAUGCCCAUCCUGUCCUACCCCAGCAUCAAGGAAGUCUACCUAAUCUGCAACACCAGCAACCUGGGUGUGGUGGCCCCCGUGGGCUACAACGGACUCCUCAUCAUGAGCUGCACCUACUAUGCCUUCAAGACCCGCAACGUGCCCGCCAACUUCAACGAGGCCAAGUACAUAGCUUUCACCAUGUAUACCACCUGCAUCAUCUGGCUGGCCUUUGUGCCCAUCUACUUUGGGAGCAACUACAAGAUCAUCACCACCUGCUUUGCUGUGAGUCUCAGUGUGACGGUGGCCCUGGGGUGCAUGUUCACCCCCAAGAUGUACAUCAUCAUCGCUAAGCCCGAGAGGAACGUCCGCAGUGCCUUCACCACCUCGGAUGUGGUGCGAAUGCACGUCGGAGACGGCAAGCUGCCUUGUCGGUCCAACACUUUCCUCAGCAUAUUUCGGAGGAAGAAGCCCGGAGCGGGGAAUGCAAAUUCUAAUGGCAAGUCUGUGUCAUGGUCUGAACCAGGUGGAAGACAGGUGCCCAAGGGACAGCACAUGUGGCACCGCCUUUCGGUGCACGUCAAGACCAACGAGAUGGCUUGCAACCAGACAGCGGUGAUUAAGCCCCUCACUAAAACCUACCAAGGCCCAGGCAAGAGCCUGACUUUUUCAGACAACAGCACUAAGACCCUAUACAAUGUGGUGGAGGAAGAGGAUAGUGAGCCAGUGCCCUUCAGCCCACCCAGGAGCCCUUCUAUGGUUGUGCACCGGCGGCAGGCAGCUCCAGUGGCCACUCCACCCCUCCUGCCCCAUGGGAUGGAGGAGGAGACCCAGCUGUUCCUGCCUGAGCCAAGCAGCCCCCGGAGCUUGUCCCCUCCACCACAACAGCAGCAGCCGCAGGAGCCCCAGCACUCCCUCAUGGGCCAGCUGCAAGGGGUGGUCAACAAAUUUGCCACUGGCAUCCCUGACUUCAACACUGCUCUUGUGGUCCCAGGGGGCCUGGGCAAUGGUGUGCGGAACCAAUACCAGGCCCCGCUCCCCCAGCAGCAGCUACCAGCCCCACCCCUCCAGCUAAGCAUGUUCAGCGAAGAGCCCAUCUCUCCCCCAGCCGAGGAGGGGGAGAGUGAGACGUUCAAGCUCAUCCAGGAUUAUGUGUAUGAGCGGGAGGGGAACACGGAGGAUGAUGAGCUGGAAGAGGAUGAUGUGGAUCUCCAAGCCUCCAGGAAAUUGACCCCAGAGGCCUCCCCAGCACUGACACCUCCAUCGCCUUUUCGAGAUUCGGUGGCUUCGGGCAGCUCAAUCCCCAGCUCCCCCGUUUCAGAAUCCGUGCUCUGCACACCCCCUAACGGGACCUACGUCUCUGUCAUUCUGAGGGACUACAGGCAAAGCUCAUCCACCCUGUAGAGGGUUGGAGGCCAUCUUACCGAAAGCUAAGGCAAGGAAGAGGGUUCCGAAUGUUGGGCAGUUUGAAGACAGAUGGGAGCAGAAGCGCUGUCGAAGUGGAAAGUGAAAAAAGUGGGGACGAAAGAGGAAAGGGGAAAUCUGUCAUGACUAGUCCAAUGGAGGGGAGGAGAAAUUCUGCAUCCCGCAUUCUGCACUACAAAAGAUCCAUCUGGAGGCUCCACUCCUUGAAUUACUCAGAGGGGCCCGGAGGCCCCCCAAGAAGAGAGGUAUUCCUUCAAAGCACAAACCAUGAUGGCAUACGGUUAUUUGAGCAAAAACAUAAAAACACAAAGGAAGAACACUGGAGAAACACCUUCGCAUGAACAAACCCAGGAGCACGCAGAAACACAUACACUGGCACACAUUACAUUGAAGCAAACUUGAAAAUGGAAAUGAAAAGUUUUGCAACCAUUCAUACUAUCACACUUUCUAGCCCUCAGUCUGAUGCAGAAAGAAGACAUUUAGGCAGUCUGAGAAGAGAGCCAGGAUGGUGCUACCAUAUCUAAAGGUGGUACAAUGGUCUCCCCACAAACCCUCUUUCUUCUUAUCCCCAUUUAUGGGUCUGCAAAAAGUGGAAGGGUCCAGUGGAGGCAUUGGAACUGGGGCCUUCAUUUUGCUCACUGCUCCAGAGACCCUGUCAGCCACCCAAGGCCACAGAAAGAGGUUUGUGCAUAUGCUGCUGGUUGUUUCUCCAUUUAGGAAGAUGAAGAUGGGCAGAAACACAUUAUCACAUAAUGCUUCGUCAGAGAGUCAGAGAGGUAGGAGGCAGCCUGACAUUUGGAAAUGAUUCUGUCGGCACUAUCAGCUCCUCACAUUUGAUAGUUUUCUUUGGCUGAUUUUGAAAAAGGGCCAGAAUAAAAGCAGACUGUAAAGAGAUGAGAGCAGCUCUGCCAAGGUAUUUGGAUCAUGCCAAGGGGCUUCAAGUUGUCUUUUGUGAAGAGAACAAACUGUGAGGCUAAACUGUUAUCCUCCAUUUUCCGUAGCAAAUAAUAAUUACCAAUUGACCAUGUAAUUUCACUGUUUCUCUGUGUUCCUACAAAACAAAUCCACCUUUGACAGUAGUGUGUGCUCAUAGCAAUGGUGACUAUUUAAAUGAAAAGCAAUUCUUUAUUGUUCAUUGAUGUCAUUGUAAAAACAAGAGUGAGUGAGUGUCCAUGUGUCUGUGUAUGUGUGUGUACCUAUACUAAACGAAGUAAUCACCUACUUGCCCCUGGAAGACUGUCUUACAGAUAUAGUAUUGAUAUUUUUAUGUUUGAAACAUGUUUUAUAUAGCAGUGUUCAGAUCAAUACAUUAGACCUCAGAACGUUUGUAUGCUGUGCUCAAACAUUUUUCAUACUCAGCUGAAACAGCUGUUAUCCUGAUAAGGGGAAACUUAUUUGGCAGGUAUUUUAUGGAAAUCUGCUGUUAAUAAAAGUGCUUUGAGAAUUUGUUACAUGAAGUGUUGGCAAAAAUGUGGCAGCAACAACAAAAGUGAAUGUUUUGUCACUCAUACCCAAGCCAGUAUUAAACUAGAGGGCAAACCAGAAGUAGUCAGACUAUUUCUAAUUACUUAACAUUUACACUGUACAAGGUUAAACCUUCCAUCCUUCAGUGCUUAAAAUAAGUAUGGGUUUCCUGCUUAUCUGUGAUUUCUUCUGUCUCCUUAUCAUUCUCUCCUGCUUAUUUUUCUCUUCCAUUUCCAGACUUUUAUUUGCUUCUCCAUUUAUUUGAGAGACUUGACAGAUUAUAAUAUCCAUUUAUGUGCAGUCCUGUCUCUUCACUCCUCUCCCCUGUCGAUUUUGCUCAGCAGAUACUCUCCGGUUGAGGUGACUGUAUUUCUAGCAUGCUAUGAUUGAGAUGGUUGAGUGCUAUCAUUAUGAUGAUAAGAUGAAUGUUCACACUACCUAGUGGUCUGAUUCUUCAAUAGUAUUUUGAAGUAACCUCACACUUUCCCCCACUCCCUAGUAUGGGUUUUUUGUUGUUGGUUUUUUUGGGGUUUUUUUGCUGUUGUUUGCAUCUCUUUCUCCUUGGGAGAAUGAGCUCCAGGCAAACCCAAAUUCAAAGCCCUAGCAAAUAUCUGCAGUGGUAGAUCUGAUUAGCUUCCAAACAUCAAUUGAUUUUCUAAGUCUAGUGCUAUAUUUCAUUAUCCUUUUUACUAUGAAAUGCUGCCAAUAUCACCGCUUCCCUGGUAUCUGAAGCUUGAAUCAUCUUUCCUUAAUGAAAUGACUAUUAAGCUUUUGGUGGAUAUCUGAGAUCUCAGGACUGGAAACUGAACAUGGACGUCUAUAUUCUUAUUUAGAUGAAGCAGACUAAAUAAAGGAAAACUUCAGUGAUGUCUGGGUGGAUUUCUACACACUGGAAUGGUCUCUAUUAUUAGUUGAACAUAUUUUAUUUUCACUGCCAUAUGUCUUCAGUAGAAUAGGGUUUCUGCUUUCAAAUCUUUCUUUUUACAGCAUAGACUAGAUGCGGAAAACAAGUUCCUGUUACACAAAUGUCAUAAACUGACAAUUUAUCCUGGGUUACUGGUUUAGGAAAUUUGGUAAACUCAUUAAGCACUGACAAUAUUAUUACUAUUUAAUCAUAUUAUUAUCAUGAGUAGGGGUUUUCUCGAGGUUCAAUAUAUGAUUAGCUAUUAGUUUUGUAACUGUUUAAAAUUGGAAUGUUCACAUACAUACAGUAUACCAAAACAGCAAAAACUACUCAUCUUAGAUUAUGUGUUUGUGUAAGCUACUAAGCUUCUUGUAAAAGUCCUUUAUUUUGGCUUGAUAAAAAUUGCCUUUUGUCAAAUGAUCUUGAUAAUGCUGUAUAAUAAAUAUUUUCUAUUUAUUAUA